ACCACAUGGGAUAUCAACAUUAUAAUUCAAGCAAUUCAUUAAAACAGGUGAAUUGGGGAGUGUGGGGUAAGGAAGAGAGGUGAGAGAUCCAUCCAAAAGGACAAGACAACCUGUAUGUAAAAGUCUCAGGUCUCUGAUUAAGCAGAUGUUAUGCAUAAAUGUGCAGCUUAUUAAACACAUUCCAAGGACUCCAAAGAAAAAAAAAAAUGGUCUGCAAAGUUAAUGCAGACAAUUAAAGCCAAGAAACCACUUAACGUCCAUAACAUGUUUUCUUGUUUUUUGAAGCAAAACACCACGUCAUCUGCUUUUGUCAAUGUCCUGAAACCUUUAUUGGAGGAAAACAAAAGGGACAAUGAGUGACACUGGAGCCGGUGCUCAUACUUACCUCGACCAUAAACAAUAAAUUAGCUCUGCUCUGCACUAAUCUACAUAACACUUAGGACCGCUCACAAAGGGCAUUUUUAUUUUAACCUCGUUUGACCCCUGGUACACAGUAUUUUGGCUUCGCUAUAUGCAAAGCAUAAUUUAAACCGACUGAUCUCAGUUCAGAAGACUCUGUGCUGUCAGUAAAGGGUUAGACUUUCACCACACAGAGUCAUGUGACAAAACAACAUGGCAGCGAUCACAGUGGAGUUUGUCUUUGGGAGACACGGCAACAAAACUACAUUUGCCUCCGAAGGCAACAUUCUCCAGUUUACUCUUCAUACAGGAAGAUUCUACUGACUCGCACAUUGCAAAGGGAACUGUUGUAGUGUUACAGAAAUUCAAAUAACUGGUUGCCCCAUCAUAAUGGCCAGUGAAUUUGGUGCUGUUGUGUGGUAUGCCAAUCCAGUUUAUUCCCGCUACUGGCAGCACUACCUGCAUGCCAUGAGCUGGCACCAGAGGCACAAGUGGGCAUACAGAAAAGCAAUGGAGGCUGGCUAUGUCCAGGCACUUUAUUCCACGUACUCCUCUACCAUGCAGCGGUACUCGGAUUGGCAUGCAAAUGAGACCUGGGGCAACAGUAACAGAGCAUCAGGUUCAGACAAAAAAAGGGAGAAUGAAACUACUGAUUCAGACAUUGAGAUGGAGGAGGAGAGUUCGGAUGAGAGCCAGAUUGAGUGUGACGUAAGCAACAUGGACAUCUCAGAAGAACUGCGGCAAUAUUUUGCCCAGACUGAGCAACACAAGCAGGAACUCAAAAGGCAACAGCAGAUGGAGGCAGAGCAGCAGGACUCUUAUGUACUGGCUGACCAAGACUUGCACAGGUUUUCCUGGCGCAGCACCCUGCCACCUUCUGAACGUCCCGGAGAGAGAAGAACAGCAGAAAUGAAAAAGCUGUAUGGUAAAGAGGCAGCAAAGAUUCAGGGGAUGGAAACGGCCAUGCAGCUCAGCUUUGAUCGCAACUGUGACAGGAAACAGCCCAAGUACUGGCCUGUUAUACCACUAAACCUAUAGAAUUAUCAGACUCCAAGUCUAUGCUGUGAUGUUAUGCCAGGUGCUUGAUUCCCCAUACUCAUCUUUGUGUGUCUUUCAAAACUGAUGAGAGACAGGAUAGAGUUGUACAACUCCCCUGUUACAUUCAAUUGAAGACAUAUGUGUUUUCAGAUAUCUAUGCUGGUAUGGCCAUACACAAAACUGUUCUGUCUCGCUAAAGUUUCUCAUAUCCAUAAAUGGAAAUGCUGCAUAGAUUUCAGCACUGUUCUUUUUAUGUCAUCAUUUCUCCCUAACUAGGUCAUUGCCUCCCAGUUUUUGGUUAAUGUGUUUUGUCUCUUUUUGGUUAAUUCUUUGGGGCAGCUUUUACAUGAAUCCCUUUUGUUUUGUUUUUUAUGUAAAGAUUAACUAAUUAAUAAAUA